AUGUUCAAAAUCUUCACAAUUCUCUGUCUUUUCGCUGUCAUCUCGUCUAUCGUUUCCACGUCUUUGGAUUCUGAAGCCGACGUCACGUCUUCGGAUUCUGGAGUCAAAUUGACGUCAGAUCUGGAAGUUGUGAUCCCUGAAGAAGACGUUAAACUUCCCAGGGACAAGAAUUUCGACUGUGUUGGAAACUGGACCACGCUCUGCUCACGAUCCAAGAAGAUGGGGAAGAAUGGGUGCCCGAAAAAGGAGCAAAUGGACGCAUUCAUCCGCGAGGAAUGCCAACUGAACAACCUGUUCUCUCAACAACUCAUGGACUGCUGCACCUGCUACAAAUUCGACCAACCCGGCUGUGCGGCGGCCCCGAAGUUUCCAGAAUUUCAAUAA